AUGAAGACGUACUCAGAUGACAAGCACAAUGGGACUGAGGCAACUGAGUUUACUCUUUUGGGACUAAGCACCCAGCCAGAGUUGCAGCCAAUUCUUUUCGUGGUGUUUCUCAUGAUUUAUCUCAUCACACUGACAGGGAACAUUGGCAUGAUCUUAUUAAUCAGGUUCACUCCCCGGUUGCAAACCCCCAUGUAUUUUUUCCUGACCCAUUUGGCAUGUGUGGAUAUUUUUUACUCAACAAAUGUCUCUCCUCAGAUGCUUGUCAAUUUUCUGUCUGAGAAAAAGACCAUUUCUUACAUAGGGUGUCUGGUUCAGUGUUUUGUUUUUGUUACUCUGCUCCUAACUGAAUAUUACAUGCUCGGUGCUAUGGCCUAUGACAGGUACAUGGCAAUUUGCAACCCCCUACAUUACAGCACAAAAAUGUCCCGGCCAGUUUGCAUUUGCUUGGUUACUUUCCCUUACUUCUGGGGUUCAAUGGUGGGCACAAUGCAGGUGAUAUUGACCUCACGGCUAUCCUUUUGCGGACCCAACACCAUGAACCAUUUCUAUUGUGCUGACCCUCCCCUCUUGAUGCUAACGUGUUCUGACACUUACAUCAAGCAAACUGCCCUGUUUGUGUCAGCUGGGAUCAAUCUCACCUUUUCCCUUCUCAUCAUCCUCAUCUCCUACAUUUUUAUCUUCAUCACCAUUAUAAGGAUCUGUUCCAGUGAAGGGCAGCACAAGGCUUUCUCCACCUGUGGCUCACAUCUGACAGCUGUCACGUUCUAGGGGUCCCUCUUCUGCAUGUAUCUGAGAGCAGCAAAUGAGAGGUCUGUUGAGCAAGGCAAAAUUGUGGCAGUGUUUUGUAUUUUUGUGAGUCCCAUGGUGAAUCCAUUUAUUUACAGCCUGAGAAACAAGGAUGUGAAGCAAGCUCUGAGAAGAGUGUGUAUAAGAACCCUCUGUAAAGUAGAGAAAAAUUCGGCACCUACAGUAGCUCAUUAA